GAGUUUCCCACUGAACUGAUCGACUUUGGUCUCUGGGGAAAGUUGACUGAGUGAAAGCGAUGUCGCCGCGUAAAAGCCUGUUUGCUCCGUUCAUCGCGGUGGAUCCGGAGGCAGGGUCCGGCCCCGCAGCCCCGGCGGCUCUCCACGCCGACAUCCACGCUCUGCUGCAGCGGAGCCGAGCGCAGGAGCGAGCGGGCGCAGAGCGCACCAGAGGCGCCUGCGACCGCAGAGAGUCUCCGUGCGCCAUCGUGGAGCUGCGGCUCGGACCCGCCGGCGGCGCGCUGCACUACCUCCAGCCGGACAAGUGCGCACUGGAGCGGGCGCAGAGAAGGCGACGACUCGCUGCUAAUGCCCGGGAGAGGAGGAGGAUGCUGGGGUUAAAUGUCGCCUUCGACCGUCUCCGGAGCGUCAUCCCCAACCUGGAGAGCGAGAAGAAGCUCUCCAAAUCUGAGACUCUCCAAAUGGCGCAGAUUUACAUCGCCACCCUCAACGAGCUCCUGCAGGAGGGCGCCUGCGAGGAACCAGCACCCAGCCGCACCCCGCGGCCCCCGGGGGCCACGCUACCUUCUCACGGGACAACGGUGCUGGCGAGGGACCCAUCGGGGCCCGUGAGGGACUUUCACAACGGGAAGAGCAGCGGAGGCCCGGUGCGCACAGAGCAGCUCUGAUGGGGACACGAGGGACCAAGAGACAUUUAAAGACUCGAUGAAUGUUUAAACACGUUUCUAACGCGCUGUUUGUAAUGACUUCUGGACAAAGCUCUGUCUGUAAUGUUUUAUUUGACAUGUUUUGAAGCCUUGUGUCUAAAACUUGAAAUAUAUUUUUGCAGAAAACAAAUAUUAUUGUGCAACAUGUUUUUUCCCCCAAUAACCAAACAGGUCGCACUUGAGUCGUGACUGUGAGAAACAAAACUAAUUGAAGUUUUUCAAUUAUCUGAAAAAAAAAAUGAAAAACGUAUUUUCCACCCAAACUAAAUAAUUUUCUUUAAACCUUCGAGCAGAAGAUUCUUUGAGAAAUGAUCUUCACCAACAACAGAGCAAGUAGAACGAGCAGGAAGUACUGAAAGUAGCAAUUUUUAUUACUUUAAAAUUAUGUACAUGGUAACCAAAGACAUCAGGCUGCAAGUGGGUACAAAGAAGUUUUCCUGCAGUGGGCUUGUUCAGCUCUGUCUCCAAAACAACAACACGACUGGGAGAAAGGCUUUAGAAAAUGAAAAAUAGAGUCAGAUUCAGAAAAGUAGAGUCUACCGGUCUAAAUUUUAAAUUGAAUCCCCUCACCCCACCACCCUCCCUCCCCCCAUUUACCCAUCAGUCUCUCCUCCUACACGAGGAAACAAAUCUAUGUACAGGAACUAUUUACAAAAAGCUCUUCCAUUCAUUCUUCCAGACGUCUGUGAAUAAAGCUCUUGUAAACUUAAGGGAGUGUGAGGGUUAAACUGUGUGUGUGUGUGUGUGUGUGUGUGUGUGUGUGUGUGUGUGUGUGAAUGAUCACAGAUGAACAGACAAAUUCAGGAUCACCGUAUGAACAUGCUUGAUGACGUUUGCUCUGAACUUUAUCAGCGAGCACCGGGGGUUCGAAUCUGUUCCACUCUACGAAAUAAGAAAAUACGAAUCAACAGAAGCUUUUCUCGGGGAACAGACACAAACAUUUGUUUCUCUGCUCUGAUGGAAAAACACAAGAAAGAAUUACAACCAAAGCUUUCAAAUUCCGUUUCCUCAGAGGUGUUUUCUGUUCCAUAUUCAUUGUACGUGUGGGAAUCAAACGUUUUCUUGUUGAACGUAAUGUUUGUUCUCAUCUUCACCUGAAGAGCCACUGACCAUUUGUUACAGUUCGAUUUUCAAGUAGGAUCCAACAUAUUUGAACGGUGGGUUUCAUGUUCUAAUAAGCUUUUUGAUAAGUAUUUAUAUAUAGUGAAUAUUGGUCUCAUUGAUGGUUAGAUAAUUGUUUACAGAUACUUUAUAAAUGAGUUAAAAGCCACGACACCAAUUUCAUACAUGUCGCUCAGUUUUCUCGUUUUGGUUUUUGCUUUUCUCAGUGAGAAAAGUUGUCACAUGUCUUCUGUGGCUCUGAAAGAAUUUUUUAAAAGUGUGACAAGAUAAAUCCAGAGUUUUUAAAAUCUCAGUCAGAUACAAACUGUGGUUUUGGAGUUUCAGAGAAAAGGUCCCAGGAGGCAGAGGAGACUAUUUCUGCAUCUGUCCAAGUUUGACCAUUUUGUUUCUAAUUCAUCUCAUGUUUAGUGGAAAACUUAUACUUUCCUCUUACUAGUUAGAUUAUUUAAUUCAGCCGUUAUUAACCUUCAUAAAGUAUGUUGUGUUUAUUAGUGUCCUGCAGAACGAGGACAUGCCAAAUACUUUUUUCACGACCUGAAUGUUUUGUCAUCGUGUUGAUGAUCUAAAAAAACGAAAAGGUUUCUUAACAUUAACAAACUCAUCAGUAACCAGCUGAACAACGUGGAGGUGAGAAUAGGAGUUGGAGAGAAAGAAGAGAUGUUGGUUUUCUUUAACAGGCGUCUUUUUUCUUUUUGAGAUCGAAUCUGAAAAUGUUUCAAACAUCUAAACGUUGAAGGGGAUUGAGUAUUUCUUGAGUUUCCAUUUUGGGCUGAUGGUGAAUGAUUACACAGAGAGAAAUUCACCCAAGAAGAAAAAUACAAGACUGAUUCAUACGAUUUCCAAAUUUCCAGCAGCUUCACUCUGCUCUUGUGGUUGAUGAAAUGCAUUCUGGGAACAACGAUGCAGGAGGAGCAAAAGAAAAAUCACAGCCCUUCACAGAAAAGCUCCGCUCUGCAACGUGUCCAAACUAGAGGACGAUUUCUCCAUAAAGUCUAACUACAAACUGAACUCUGGGAUUUUUCAGCUUCUGCUCAAGUCUGUCGUUUAAAAACUACCGAGCAGGAAGGAGAGAAACGACUGAGGGGAUCUUUGAAAGCCUCUCGGCUGGUGGCUCGGUUCAACACCAAAGAAAAGCAGCUCGACUCCACCUCUCGGACCGGGGGUGUCUCAGCUGCCUUUGUGUUGUAAUUGAAGGCUCUUCUCCGAGAGACGUGCACACACAUGGGCGGUAAUUGAAAGGAGCUGACGGAGGACAGGUUCUGGUCUGGAGGGCUCCAGUCCCGCCGAGACACAAAGAUUGGCUGGUGAGCAGGAGGGUGAUUGAUUCUGAGAGAAAGUUACUACUUUCGGUAAAGGUGGGGGUCAUUCAAAGUUUCCAGGGAGUUUUAACAACCUCGAGGGUCCAUCUGUUUCACUCUCAGGUGUUUGUUGUGUGCGGACUGACUGGAGUGUGCUCGGCAUGAUGGGAGGACUUUGUUUUGAUGACUGAACAAGGAGAACAACCACUUCAAAUUCAACUAGUCUGUCGCUGAAGAGUGAAGAAAAGCUCUUACUUCCAGAGAUGGAAAAUGUCAGGUUUUAUAAAGGGAAACUCAUGCAAACAUUUACAGGCUUAAAACACCCCCGAGCCUCUCAGAGGCCUGAAACUCAGGGCCUCAAGUCUGGACGUUUCUUUGCUCUUUGGCCAGAAAAGAUCAAUACUCCACUCUGUCAGCGUCCUUCACACAGAGUCUUGUCAAAGUGGAAGAAAGAGGAGGUGGAACACAGUGAGAAUGAGAAGAGGUGACUGGGGAUGAGUCAAGGUCGUCAGUUUCAAAGCACAGAACCAAAGUGAUCAUUGUGGUCAGUAGCUUUCUUUACUACUAGAGUUGUUUUGGCGAUUACCGACUCCAGAGGCAGAGCUCAGGGGCGUGAGGCUUCGAUGACAGGCCACAGAAAAUGACAGCUUGGCUCCGCUCUGUCAUCGAUCCAUACGAAGGAGGAGAGAGAGACAGGAAGUGAACUGUGAGGAAAUUCAUCAAAAGCAAAAACACGGAGGAGAAAAAAAACCACAUCCUUCUGAGCAACUUUUACAAACAGAACAAGGGUGAAAGAUAAGAUAUCUAACAUAGUAAAGGAGGAUGGGGGGGGGAGGCUGCUGACGAGGUCAUCGUUCCUCAUGAAGUCGUAACAAAUGUUCAGGUGAAGUUAAAUCAGGAACAAAAACAGGGGAACGUUCUUUCAACUGGAGGAUGAUGAGAACGUCUGGUGACAACAGAGAGAAGGUGACGAUGAACGUGUGGUGAGAGAAAUAAGAAACGCUCCAGUUUCCAGCAGUGAAAGACGAUGGUGAUGGUCAGUGUGUGUCUGUGUGUGUCUGUGUGUGUGU